AAACAUGAUACCACGGGCUUUACCCGCUACGUCAGUGCACGAAAACGCAAAAUGAGCAGCAAAGAAGUGUGUAUACUUCUUGGAGCAACUGGUGUUGGAAAGACUUUAUUACUUAAACGCCUACAGAAUAUCCUUUAUGCUCUUCUGGAUGUUUUUUAUCUGACGCUGGAAAAAAACUGGAUUAGAUAAGCUAAACGGCUAAUUUAGUUAUUAGCCUUUAGAAACAACACGUUAAGUUAUUAAAGAUGUUUUAUGUUACAUAGCUUGAAACAUAACUUUUAAAACAAUAUUUUAAAUAAUGAAACAAAUUUUUGUCUUUACAGAUAAAAUUAAGCCAUAGCAGUUGCUUUGGUUGUGUUUCCUUACAGAUUUUUUUAACUGAUCAGUUUGCAUGGUUCGUGUGAAAUGGGUUCGCCUCCAUCCACUCUUCCCACAGUAGGAACCAACCUAACAGACCUGACCCUGAAAAAGAAGAAGGUGACGGUGAGGGAAAUUGGAGGCUGCAUGGGCCCCAUAUGGCCCAGUUACUUCCAGGACUGCUUCUCUGUCAUUUUCGUGGUGGAUUCAGCCAACAUUGUUCAGAUAUCCUCCUCCUGUAUCCAGUUGCUGUCUGUGCUCUCUGCUGAGCCUCUGCGCAAUGCAUCUGUGCUUAUUCUCUUCAACAAGAGGGAUAUGCCUUGCAUCAUGAGCCUUACAGAGAUAAAGUCACUGUUCAGAAUGGAUGACAUCAUCGCAUCGGCUCCUCAGCCUGUCACAGCGCUGGAGGCCAGUGCCCGCUCUGGACAGGGUCUGCAAGAGGUGUUGAGCUGGCUGGAGUCUGUCGCCGUCAAGUGAAAAUGCAUUGGAUAUUUCUCUCCGAGAACUUGGAGAAGCCUUAUGGACAAUUACAUCAACAUUCCCAGUUCAAAGUAACAGCUUUGCUUUCAGGUGAUUUGAUGCCACAUUUAGACUCUAGAACAAUUAUGGGACAUAUCAAAAGAAAACAAACUGUGGGGGCCCCUUGGUUCCUUGAAUAAUAUACAAGAAAAUCUUGAAGGAAGGAUACAUUUAGAGGGAGAUGUGUAAAAUUAUUUUAUGGAAGAAUUGAAUGAUUGUAUGAAAAAGUCAUGACAUUUAUUCAGUAACACGACUUUAGGUUUCAUUGCCAAUUAUCUUUUAUACGGGUCACUCCAACUAAUUAAAUUCUGGCCUGAUGAGCAGUGAUUUAACUGCAAGUUAAGAUUAAAUACAAUCUGAUCUAAAUAAGGAUGUGAGUUUGACUUAAACUUUUCCUCUUCAGUUUUAAAAGUUCAUAAAAGAGAGAAGAGCAGUAUAACUUAGCAAUAAAGACAAUGUACUUAAAGGGAGCCUACUACUGGUUCUCUAAGUUAGAAUUAAAAACUA